AUGUCGGCCCGUCCCACACACACGCAAGACGCCAAACACUCGUCCGCUAUGUUGGACAUGUUCGCAGACGUAGAUCGCCUGUCGCCAUACACCACGACAAGCAAGAAGUCGUCGUCAUCCUCAGCAAAGUAUGGCGACAACGCCUCGCUGUUCAGCACUAGCUCGUACUCCAGCACACGCAGCCUGCUUAAGAGCAAGCCGUCAUCCAGCCGCAGUGGCAGCAAGACAACGGAUCCCAAAGAACUGUACGCCACCGCCGUGCGCAACUCUCUUCGUCUCAACGUCUGA